UAAAAAAUUCGCAAACCUUGACGGGGGUUGGGUGACGAAGAAGAUCACAAAAUAUCCCCCCAGGGGGGAUGUUCUGUAAAGAAGACAAUUAAGGUUAUAAGAAUCAGAGACAUAACAAUAGGCAACAGCUCAACAGAACAAAUGUUACGGUUGUAAAAGAGCAAUUGUUAUUAAAUCCUAUAAAUUAGGGGCUUUUGUAGUUCAAUUAAACAUUCUAUGUCACAUUUGAUGCAGGUAAAGCGCGAAAAGCAGUGCUGGCAGACGCUGCAACGUAUACAACAGAGCAGACCUUGUUUCCGCUGAACAUCGUCAGAGCCAUAAAAAUUCUCUACAAACGGCGACAUGGAUUGUUCCAUAGAUUUAACCGAUCAUGGAUAGUGUUGUUGGUCAUGUUCGCUUUGAGCUGUGCCAUAUUUCUUUACAUUCAAAGCAACAGUUCAAGAGACAGCGUAAAGCCGAAGUUAAUGGGGCACUUUGCCAAAAACCUGUACCAUACUUCUACAGCCAAAGAUGAGCAGUUCAAGCCGCGCGAUUUCUGCGAAAUUAUCCACAUAGGGGUGGUUUGUUCGGGGGUGAAGUCCAGCACAUACUUUCACGCCCUGCUAAAAAGCAUGCUUUUAUACCGGUCCAACUCUCUUCACUUCCAUAUCCUAAUCAGUAACGAAUCGGGGACCGUUUUGAACGUGCUGUUUAAGUCUUGGAACCUGCCUCAAGUCAAUGUGUCUUUUUACGACAUGAACCAGUGGCUAACAGACGUGAGAUGGGUUCAAAAUACUCAUUACUCCGGCAACUAUGGGCUGCUAAAGUUGGUGUUUAAUAAAGUGGUGCCUGCCAAUGUUACCAGCAAGCUCCUAGUUUUAGACACUGAUCUUAUAAUUAAUGACGAUAUUCAUGGCUUAUGGAGGCUUUUUAAGAAGUUUAACAGUGAGCAGGCAAUAGGAAUAGGAGAGAACCAAAGCCCGUAUUACUUGGGCCAAUUGAGCCAGUCGCGCCCUUGGCCUGCCCUGGGAACUGGCUUCAAUUCCGGAGUUAUGCUAUAUGAUUUUGAGAAAAUGAACCGCCUCAAAUGGGAUUUGUUAUGGGUAAACCUGACCAAGCGAUACUCUCUGACUUAUGGACAAACUGACUUAGGAGACCAGGACAUUUUGAAUGCCCUCAUCAAAGAGCACCCUGAUAUUAUUUACAAACUGCCCUGUUAUUGGAAUACUCAAAUGAGCAGCUUUUCGACGAGCAGCACCUGUUAUAGCAAAUUCAAACCAAAGAUAAUCCACUGGAACUCACCGCAGAAGUUUGCGGUUGCGACUAACGACGGGGCGCUGUUUCGAGGUCUGGCUAACUCAGUUUUCGAAAUGAAUGGCAAUUGGUUUCGAAGCUACCCCAUGAUAUGUGAAGACGACUGGAAAACCCAACUAAAUGUUGAGCCCUCAGAUUGCCAGCGAUUCACGCUGCCGCCUGAAGUACCGUUUAGAACUCUGCUCUUCGUUAUGGAACACAAAGUAACGUCCGAUAGCUCGGAUAUUACCUACGUUACCCAUUUAUCUUUCGACCGCAUUUCCCUAAUAGAUAACAUAGCUAGACUGUGGCCAGGCCCCAUUAGCUUCACCAUGUAUCUCAGCGACGCUCAGUUUGCCAGGGUAGUUCAUCUACUCAGCGAUUCUCAGCUACUGAGCAGCCGAAGCAACAUCGCUUAUCACGUGGUGUUCAAGCAAGGGGAGUUUUACCCGACGAACACUUUAAGAAACACCGGACUAAAGCACGUGCAGACGCCGUUUGUUUUCCUAGUGGAUGUGGACUUUGUUCCGAUGCGGCUGCUCUAUCAGCUGCUCAGAGACAACCUGAAAAACUUUGGAGAUUUGAAGCAAAAGGCGCUAGUGGUGCCAGCAUUUGAAGCAAUUGGACCUAAUUUGACGAUGCCGGAAAACAAGCUCAAGCUAUUGGAAGCUUUGGAACGCAAGGAGUUUCGGCCUUUUCAGGAAGCGAGUUGGGCGCCCGGGCAUGCUGCCACUGACUAUACAAGAUGGCAAAUGGAAUACGCACCAUAUCAGGUAAAAUGGCAAACCCACUACGAGCCUUACAUAGUGGUGAGGAGCGACGUGAUAGGCUUCGAUGAAAGAUUUCUGGGCUUCGGUUGGAAUAAAGUGGAGCACAUUAUGGAGCUGGAGGCGCAAGACUAUGAGUUCACCGUUUUAUCUGAUGUUUUCAUCGUCCAUCAAGCGCACAAACCCAGCUGCGACAACCUGAAAUAUCGCCAGUCUCCCCUCUAUCAACGAUGCCUCCAGACGCUGAAGCGAACAUUCAUUAGGGAGCUUUCAAAGAAGUACAAAAAGAACUACUCGGAUAGUUUGCGCAGCAAACGCGCAGUCUCCAAAGAAUCCUCCACUAGUGUUUACGACAGUACCGAUUUCUUCCUAGUGUGGGGUGGCAAGGAAAAGGCCGAAGGGAGAAAGGAACCACGCAGGCCUAUCGCAAAGGAACAAGAAAAACCAGACUACAACUACUAUUUCUAUGAAAGCGAACAUCCCUACAAUUUAACCGUGAUGAAAACCAGACCUAACGCGUCUCUCAGGCAGCAGGGAAGCGACAAAUCGUCUAGUGAGGAGCUGGAUUAUGAGUACAAUGAGGAGGAGCGGAAGUUUCGGGACUUGCAUGAAAGUACUACCACGGUGACUGAUAAUUUUACUUUGUUAAUGGAUGAGGAUUUGGUGGCUUUGGAGCAUUGAAUUCAAUUGAGCAACAUCCAGCUGAUUUUGUUAAUUGUUAAGAUCCCCUUUUCCAACAUGUCGUUGAAGUAAAUAUGUGACUUGCGUUUGUAUAUUUUUUUGUUAUUUUAGUAAACUAUCACGAAUAUAAAA